AUGUCUGCUGAGGGUGGACGACGCCUCUCGCCCCGCGCCCUGCACCGCCAGCCGUCCCCCGCCGAGCCCCUGCAUGCCGCCGCCGCCGCCGCCCACUCACCUUCAAGCUCUCAAGUGCUCGGGCUAGGCGGCAUCUCAAGGCCUCCUGGCGUAUUCGUUGUGCCAUAUGAUGUACUGCGUGACUUCAGCCACAGCAACGGCGGCAACGGGAACAGCACCGCCGACAACAGCACCAACACCAACAGCACCAACACCAACAGAAGCACCACCAACAACCGCAAUGCCACACCAACACCAGUACCAUCACCACCACCGUCAACAGCACCACCAACAGAGCAACGGCUUCAGCACCAGCGGCAGCACCAGAAGCAGCUAGAGGCAGUCAUUAUCGUGGGUAUGGAAAUGGGUGACUUUGAGUGA